CGCGGAAGCAACGCAUUUGUAAGUAGUGUGUGUGUGCCUAAUGGGUAUGUUUUAAACCAAUCUACUGCAAUCUUUAGUUUUAAUGUCGACUUUUCUGGAUAUCUCUUCAUCGAUGCCAUGGUUGCCGUUAUUACGAUCCUGCAGGUGAAUGUUGUGAUGUCCCUCUUGUUGUACGUCAUGUUCCUGGCAUACAUGUGUGGCAUCCAGGCCCCGCCCCCAGGUCGACAUACAGCCAAUCCUGACCCGGUGAGCUCCCUGAUAUUCCAACUGCUACAGGCUGAAAUCGACAGGGGGAGGGCCCAACACGAACCUGACAGUGAGGAAGAGGUACUCGACUCUCCUACGCCACCAACUGACGGCCCGUCGGAGGACUUGGAUUACUUGCAGGAAGCACCACCUAUAUACCAACCGGUGAUGGAUGUUGGCUGGGAAGUACUCCAGCACAAAGGCUACAACUCACCCCGCGUCCUGCUAAGCAUGUGGCCCCCCCUGCAGCCACCGCCCCCAUACCUUAUGGAUGACUUCACGGCCAGUUCGCACGCACCCAACCGGACACGGAAGAAGCGCCAGUCUGAGCACCGGAGCUCCCACGGGGAGUACUCUGUGUGCGACAGCGAGAGCCAGUGGGUGACAAACAAGAGCAGCGCCGUGGACAUCCAUGGCCGGCAGGUCGCCGUCUUGAGCACCAUGCGGUCCGGCAACGCGGACGUCAGGCAGUACUUCUACGAGACGCGGUGCCGCAAAGUCAGGCCGACUCGAGGGGGCUGCCGCGGCAUCGACGACAGGCACUGGAACUCGCAGUGCAAGACGACGCAGACAUUUGUUCGUGCACUGACCUCAGAUCAGACCUCGGUGGGAUGGCGCUGGAUACGCAUAGAUACUUCCUGUGUGUGUGCACUGUCCCGCAAACACCGUCGCGUAUGACAGGGGCUGGUGUGGCCUGGACAAGCGGGAAUGUAACUUAUUACUUAACUUAAACUACAUGUUGUAUAUUUAUAUAUGUUUAUAUAACUAUAAGGUCUGCCAUUGUAUUUUAUUUAUUAAAAUUUGUAUGUGACAGAAUCUAAAAUCUAAUCAGUUCUAAUAGUGCCAGAAGCCAGUGUGACCUCAACAAACACUUGACCCCAAAUAACAGGACACCUCAGCAUAUAGUACAUACAGUAUUUCAUCCUGUCCACUUGUCCCAUUCCCAGUUCCCUGCUCCUUUCCUGAGAUCCGUGCUUUCUCUUCCAGGGUAUAGCAGUUUAAUUCCUUGAGGAAAAUGCUGAUAUUUUACUACUUUACAAUUGACAAAAAUGUAUUUCAUUAAAGAUUUUUUUAUUACCAUCAAAGAGCCCGGGAUUCUGGGUGGCAUGAGGCGUUGAAUUCUUGUCACAUAAUGUUUUUAACUGUGAUGUCACAGAUGUGCACUGAAACAAGCUGAAAUUGUUUAUAUACAGUGGUGCUGGAGGCUGUAAUGAACAUUAAUCAGUUAAAAGCAAGAAAAAAAUAUAUUGGAUUUAACACCUUC